AUGCCUCCGCCGCCGCCGUUGCUCCCUCUCUCCGCCAGCUCGUCGCUGCAAGCCUCCGAUUCCGGUGCUGAAUCUACAGACGCGUUAAUCGCCGCUAACGAUGCCGACGGUUCUAGCUCGCUUGCGACACAUCGCACAACCGAGUGCGCGUCGCCGUCGCGUCCUCGUGACGAACAUAGCGGAAGCGAAUCGCCGUCUUUCGACUCGCCUCCCCUUCCUCGGUAUUCCUUCACCUUUCACUCGCCGGUUCCCGUGGAGAUUUGCACUUCCGCUCCAGGCGCAGCCAGCGGCGAAGCCUCCCCAAGCGAGGCCGCGGAGCGGGUCCGCCAGCGGCUGCGCAACUCGCGCAGCCUCCGCAUUUCCGUCUCGCGCCAGCUCAUGGACAGCAGCAACAGCGCGCCCUCCUCCCCCGUGCGCGCAUCCGGCGCAUUCGGUUCCCCCUUCGGCUCCCCCUCCGCAUUCCCCUGUGGAGGCGGCGGCGCAUCAGCAACCCCGGGGCGGAGAGGGUCGCGCGCGCAGGACGCGGCGGCGGCGGAUAGAUGUUGGGACGACUCGUCAGUGCUGGCGCUAUUAGAGCACAGUCGGCUGUGCCGCCAGGAGGUGGUUCAGCUGCUCGGGCUGUGCCAGCCUGGCCUCGCCCCGCUUGCGCCGUCUUCGCAACCUGCGCCAGUUGCGCCAAUCGUCUCAGUUGCGGAGGUAUCCGCGGUCGCUCCGACUGCGCUAGGUGCGCCUCCCGCGCCAGGUGCGCAAGAUGCGCCAGUGGUGUCGAGUGCGGGGCGCAUGAAGGAAAGCAGCGGGGGUGAGCGUCAGGCGGAAGCCUCUGGGGGAGCGCAUACAGCGGUCGGGACAGGUGAAGCGAGGUUCAAGAUUGAGACAGCGUGCGCUGAGAGCAGCGCAGAGCCGGUCAGCAGCUCAUCAUGUGCGAGUGCAUGCCCUGCCAGCAUGACCGCGCCGCAUGCUCACCCUGACAGCACCGUGGCACAUAUGACUGAGACUGAUGCCGGGAAGAAUGACAAGUCGCUGACUGGAAAUGCAGGUGGAAGUGUGGUUGGAAGUGCUUGUGGAAGUGUGGUUGGAAGUGUAGUUCCCUGCUGCCCUGGCGGAAUGGGCGGAAUGGGCGGAAUGGGCAGAGCGGCAUUGCGCGUUGCAGCAGCCCCACGUCCUCCAUGCAGUGUUGCUUCCUCGCAGUCUAGGGGCAGGGCUGUCCCCCCCACCAUGUCAUCUGCGUUGAAGUACAAUGCGGGUGCGGAGGAUAAGGGCUUCAGCGUGAUGUUUGCCGAGAUGCGGCAGAGACGGCAGCAGGAAAAGGUAGCUGCUGAAGCCACUGGCGCUGUUGUUGCUGCUGCUGGGAUUGCUGCAGAUUCCUUAGAGAAUAGCAUGAGCAAAGUCAGCAGCAGUCCCCCUAAGACCAAAGCUGCCUGUCGCUCCAGUAAAGGCCUACAGUGGAUUGGCGUUCGGGCGGACGAUAUGGAUUUUAUUCUCAAGGAGUUGGCAGAGGCAGCCAUGGGAGGAGGGGAGGAGGUGGCAGGGUUUGAUGAGUUUGUGGGAGAGGAGGGAGAGACUGAUGGGACUGAGGAUGACGCAGGGGGGUUUUCUGAGAGUGAUUAUGUUAGUGAGGAGACUAGUGAUUGUGACUGGGUAUUUGAGGAUCGGCACGCGGUUCACAUCGUUCAGGAGCUGUGCGAAGGCGGGGAGCUGUUCGAGCGGAUUAUAGCGAGGGGGCAUUAUAGCGAGCGAGCGGCGGCGGUUAUCACACGGACUAUCGUGGAGGUGGUGCAGGUGCGUGUGAAGGGCGCUGGUGAGUGUUAUGAGUUCUGGCGGGUGGGGAUGUCUGCACCAGCCAUUAAGCCCAACCCUGCUAGCAAGGAGGAAAACUUCGAAACGCCUUGCAUCGCUGCAACCCGCCCCGCCCCUCCCUUCCAGGUGUGCCACAAACACGGAGUGAUGCACCGGGACUUAAAGCCCGAGAACUUCCUGUUCGCGAACAACCAGGAGGACGCGGCGUUGCGAGCCAUCGACUUUGGGCUGUCUAUCAUGUUCAAGCCGGGCGAGACGCUGAGCGAGAUCGUGGGCAGCCCGUACUACAUGGCGCCCGAGGUGCUAAGGAAGAACUACGGACCCCUGGCUGACGUGUGGAGCGCCGGCGUCAUUCUCUACAUCCUGCUCUGCGGCGUGCCCCCCUUCUGGGCAGGCAAGUACUCAUGCUGUACUGCUCACUGGAAACCCAUUCACCCCUCACACCCCCCCACGCCACUGUCAAUUCCCUCAUCCCUCUCACCCCCCCACGCCAUUGUCAAUUCCCUCAUCCCUCUCACCCCCCCACGCCAUU